AGUCAACAUGUAUCACAUAUUUCAGAUUUACCGAAAAAGUUUCAAGGCAUUGGGGUUGAAGAAGAAAAUUCUGAUAGCAGUCGUCUUUGGUUGCUUAGUAAUUAUACUAUCAUUCUCAAACAACUUCAACAACCAAAUUCUUAAUGAUACAACCAAAGAUAUAGAAGAAUCCGAAAGACCGGUGGAUAAACUUAUAGGAGGGCUUUUAACUGCGGAUUUCGAUGAAAGUUCUUGCUUGAGUAGGUAUCAUAAACAUUUCUUGUACCGCAAGCCAUCCCCGUAUAAGCCUUCUGAAUAUCUCGUCUCUAAGCUUAGAAGCUAUGAGAUGCUUCACAAACGUUGCGGUCCAGAUACAAAAGCUUACAAAGAAGCAACAGAGAAACUUAGUCGCGAUGAGUAUUAUGCAAGCGAAGCAAAUGGUGAAUGUAGAUACAUUGUGUGGGUCGCAGGUUACGGGCUUGGAAAUAGAUUACUUACUCUUGCUUCUGUGUUCCUCUACGCUCUCUUGACCGAGAGAAUCAUUCUUGUUGACAACCGCAAGGAUGUUAGUGAUCUCUUAUGCGAGCCAUUCCCAGGUACUUCAUGGUUGCUUCCUCUUGACUUUCCAAUGUUGAAUUAUACUUAUGCUUGGGGCUACAAUAAGGAAUAUCCUCGUUGUUAUGGAACAAUGGAGGAAAAUCAUUCCAUCAACUCGACUUCAAUCCCGCCCCAUCUAUACAUGCAUAACCUCCAUGAUUCAAGGGAUAGUGAUAAGUUGUUCAUCUGCCAAAAGGAUCAAAGUUUGAUCGACAAAGUCCCUUGGUUGAUUGUUCAAGCCAAUGUUUACUUUGUUCCAUCUUUAUGGUUCAAUCCAAAUUUCCAAACCGAACUAGUUAAGCUGUUUCCGCAGAAAGACACCGUCUUUCACCAUUUGGCUCGGUAUCUUUUUCAUCCGACAAAUCAAGUUUGGGAUAUGGUCACUAAGUACUACGAUGCUCAUUUAUCCAAAGCAGACGAGAGACUUGGGAUUCAAAUACGGGUUUUUGGCAAACCUUCUGGAUUUUUCCAACAUGUCAUGGACCAAGUCGUAGCAUGUACACAAAGGGAGAAACUGUUGCCUGAAUUUGCUACACAAGAAGAAUUAAAAGUCAACAUAUCGAAAACCCCGAAACUUAAAGCUGUUCUUGUGGCAUCUCUCUAUCCAGAGUACUCUGGCAACUUAACGAACAUGUUUUCGAAGCGACCAAGUUCAACAGGAGAAAUUGUUGAAGUUUAUCAGCCAAGUGGAGAAAGAGUUCAGCAAACAGACAAGAAGAUACAUGACCAAAAGGCGCUUGCUGAAAUGUAUCUUUUGAGCUUAACCGAUAACAUUGUCACAAGCGCAAGGUCUACAUUUGGAUAUGUUUCAUAUAGUCUUGGAGGAUUAAAGCCAUGGUUACUUUAUCAGCCAACAAAUUUCACAACUCCUAAUCCGCCGUGUGUUCGAUCCAAGUCGAUGGAGCCAUGUUACCUUACUCCUCCGUCUCAUGGAUGUGAAGCUGACUCGGGAAAAAACUCGGGGAAGAUUCUUCCUUUUGUUAGGCAUUGUGAGGAUAUUAUGUAUGGGGGGCUUAAGCUAUAUGAUGAAUUUUAGUUCUUGUUUAUACAUCUCAUUUCAUUGGAUUAUUGAGUUUUAAAAUCAAAGGAGAAAUGCUAUCUUUGUUUACAAUU